CUGAACCUCCACAUUCAACAUGUCAAGUGUCAGUGGUGGACUGACCGGGUAUGUUGUACUGGUCUGCACGGUGGCUGUGGCUACUCUACCGGCGCUGACAAAAUCAACACAAUGUGAUGCUCCUCUGGGUUUGAGAAUGGCAACAUCACAGAUGAUCAAUUUUCUGCAUCAUCAUCUCUCAAUCCCACCUACGCAGCAAAGGCAGCAAGACUUAACGUUGGACAAGGAUGGGUAUCCCAACACAAUGGCAAAGAGUACCUGCAGGUUGACCUGCUGACUCAGCAUAACGUGACCCGCUACUCAGUCCAGGGAAGCAGGAAUGGGUGGUACCCAGAGGCAGUGCUACUGUUCUACAGCCAGGAUGGUCUUGUGUGGGAGAGUUACGUCACCAGCAAUGGGACACAGAGACUGCCAGGGACAAAUACAAGGGAUGUCGUCACAGUCGUCUUAAAUCCAGCUGUACAGGCGAGGUACUUAGCAUUUGUACCUCAACGCAAUAGGUACAACAGUAGACAAGGCCUGCGACUGGAGUUGUAUGGGUGUGAGGCUCAACAACCAAUCCCCGUGAGAAAUACACUAGUGUCCCAGGACAUACAGGGAAGCAGUGAGUGGUUACCCAGCCAGAGUCCAUAUGUCAUCAACACUCUCAUCAGGAUUCGUCCAGGAGCACAUGUCAAAAUACAGCCCGGAGUCAAGGUUAUAUUCAAUUCUUCAGACGCAGGAUUCAUCGUUCUUGGUACAUUGGAGGCCCGAGGUCUCAGUGGAUUACCUGUGGUUUUCACAGCUUCAAAUGCCUUCACAAACUUGACAAACAUGUGGGCAGGCAUUGAAGUUGUCAGUCAAGGAAAUUUGACUUUGGAAUUCAGCCACAUAUAUGGAGCAGAUGUCGGCAUCAAAGGAGCUCUUGGAUCCAUUACUAUAAGACACUGCAACAUCCAUCACAACGACAGAGGAAUAAACCUUGAGAUUGGGGAUACAGUCCAAGACAGAAUUCAAAUAUCAGGAACCAUCAUAUCAGACAACACCCAAGAGGGCAUAUACGGAAAGGAUUGGCCUCAAGAGAAUUCCUAUAUCGGUGUGGAAGAUAGUGACAUCUUGCGUAAUGGAAGGGGUGGUAUAAAUUUUUACACCGAAGCUGUGCUAUUUGCUCAUAACUGUAGAUUUUCUAAUAAUUUGCAUGGAAUAUACACCUAUUAUGCAGGCAUUGGUGCGACCAUAAAGAAGUGUAUGUUUGAGAACAAUUUGUACAAGGGAUUUGUCAUAAGUAAUGCAAGAUAUAACAGACAAAUGAACAUUACUUUUGACGAAACUCAAUUCAAGAAGAAUGGACAAGAGGGCCUUAACAUGUACAUACGAGGUGCAGUCUCGGAUAUGCACAUUUCUAUAACAAACUCUCACUUCACCAAUAACAUCUGGCAUGGUGUUGUGAUUCAAGGAGAGUUCUCUCGCACCCGACCUGAAAUACUGCUGAGGAAUAAUACAAUGGAGGGGAGCCAAACCACGAACUACAACCUGAUGUAUAUUGAUACAAGAAAUUCUAUGUAUGGAAAUAUUAUUAUGACCGAAAAUGUUUUUCAAACACGAAAAGGCAUUCGCAUACAAGGCAGAAAUUUUGUCGCAUUUAAUAUUUCAAAUAACAUGUUUACUGGUGUCAAAGGAGACAUCGGGAUACUUAUAGACGCAGAGGGCACAGUCCUGUCUGGUAAUAUCUUCACCAACUGUUCCACGACGUCGGUGAUUCACACAAAGAAAAUUGUACAGAUCCACAACAAUGUCUUCCAGAACCCACAGGCACUCUACGUCCUUUUUGUUGAUGUGGAUUAUUCUGAGAACCAAAAAUUGAAUGCAAGCCACAAUUUUUGGGGAAGCAGUGACCGGUUCUUUGUUCGGUCCAGAAUCUGUGACUUCUAUUGUGAUGUCACAAAAAUGAUUGUGGAAGUGGAUCCAUCCUUUGUCUCAGCGAUGCUCAGUGAACUGUCAUCGCAGUUAGACUCGGACAUUUUUGAAAUCAACAGUGAAAAUGAGUUUGGAGGAAUGUUGGACAAGUCAGUCACUCUUCAACCCAACCAAGUACUGUAUGUGAACAGAAGUGUGUAUAUUCCAGAAGGGACUGAGCUGACAAUAAGCAAGAACACCACACUGGUGUUUCCAUACAAGCAAGGGGUUUUGGUUAGAGGAAUAUUAACAAUACAAGGAGAGGCAGAUGCCAACGUUGAACUAAGGAGUGAUGGUUCCCCCAGCAAUCAGCGAUGGGGUGGCAUCAUAUUCAAUGCUACAGGAUCGUCCCUGCAACACACCAUAUUGAAACAUGCGGAGACAGGAAUACGUUUAUCCAUCAAUGAUUCUGGUGAAAUUAGAGCUUCUGAUUCCAUCAUUUCCCAAUGCACAACAAGCAUAGCUGGGCAGCUGUGGUCUGAAGUCUCCUUGUCCCUUGAAAGAGUGAAAGUAAAUGAAACCAACAGAUUCAUACUUUUGGACGGCCUUAUUUCACACCCAGUGUCAUUGAACAUCAUUGAGUGCGAAAUUGAAUGUUCGCAUGGAACACGUCUUCAAACGAAAAACAAUGAGGCCAACUUUCAUGUCAAAAUGAGGUCUACAAAACUGUACUCCACGUACACAGGAUUUUACAUGCGGUCAUGUACUUCAAAUAUUACCAUAAACGCACAGGAUUCUGUUUUUAAGAGUACAUAUAGUUCUUACAGUUUUGAUAUUGGUGGAGGAGUAUUAAACAUAACAUUCAGGGGAGUCUCAGUUAUUGGAGAUAGGGGAGCCUCGUAUUUCAGAACAUGUGUCGGAAGUCGUCAAUAUCUUGCAGCAGGAGCCAUAGAUAUUCAAGAUUCGAUCUUUGAUGUACAAUCUGUAGUUGCAUUGGACUUUGGGGGACUAUACUACCAGUAUAAUGCAAGACAUGACGUCUUACUUAUAAAUAACACAUUCCGCAUACAAAAUCAGAAUUAUGAAGGUGUUAAGGCGCUUAUCAGGAGGGACAGCCUUCCUUGGAGUAUGACCAUACAUGACAACAGGUUUGAAAAUUGUGGAUUAAAAAUUGAAGGUAGCGCUCCAAAUACAUCAAUAGAUGGUAACACUUUUGUGACUGAAAAGUCAGCUAUGGACAUUAAUGUUCAAACGCCCAAAGGUGGUAUCACAAGAAUUAGUCAAAAUCGUGUACAGGGUGGCGAUGUAAAAGUGAAAUCUGAAGGCGACAGGGAAAGGUUCUACUUAAUAAGCAACACUUUCAACUCGAGUAUUAUCAUCCUAAUGAGCCCCAAUGUGACUUUGAAUGAGAACACUUUCCUUGCUGGCCAGGACUAUGAUAUCAGAUUUGAAGGUAGUGGUUAUGCAGACAAAGAAAUCAACUCCACACACAACUAUUGGGGUACCACAGAUGCCAAGGACAUAGCAUCGCGAGUAUAUGAUUCAUCAUAUGACACUUCUCUUCCAACAAUCACAUAUGUACCUUUCUAUGGAUUCCCCAACUUAACCGAUCCCAGGUCUCCGGUCCAUAGUUUUAUUUCUGCUGAUGGUACACUUGGUGGAAGCGUUGGAGGGACUGUUACCCUUACACCCGAGGAAAGCCCGUACACUGUGGCUGAAAAUAUCGUGGUCGGAAAACUGGAGACACUUAUAAUUGAGGCGGGAGUGACUUUGCGGUUUGAGAAGGGAUCUGGAAUCUUUGUAGAAGGUGAACUUAUUGUUCGCGGCAACAAGAGUCAUCCCGUGAGGGCCGUGCCAGUUACUCCAGGAGUGAAAUGGUCAGGAGUAAGAUUACUAGCUAAUCGUUACCGUCCGUUUCCCAUUGCUGACACAACUGUUCGACUUGUCGGAGGGGUGAAAAACAACGAGGGACGUCUUGAAGUUAAGAUUGAUGGAACUUGGGGGACUGUCUGUCAUGGUGGUUUUGACAGAAAUGAUGCCAAAGUCGUUUGCCAAAUGCUUGGAUAUGACUACACAGUAACACCUGAGGUGUUUUAUGGUCCAAAUGACUUUGGUGAAGGUUCGGGCCCAAUACACCUUGGCAACCUGCGAUGUACAGGCAACGAGGAAACGCUGAUGGAAUGUGAUAGAUCAGGGUUUAACUGUAACCACAGAGAGGAUGUAGCAAUACGAUGUGGUGAGAAGCUACUGCCUACUCCUCAAGAUAUCGGGAACGAUGUGCAGCUUCGCCAUUUCCAAAUGAAUGACACAGAUUCUGGUCUUGAAAUCAAUGGAAAUGUUACACUCAUGGAAAAUGUCGUAUCAUCUUACUCAGGAGGACACGGUGUCACUUUCAAACUUGGAAUGAAAGGGAUACCUCCUGUUAUCCACAUUGAUGGACUGGAGUCAGUAAACAACCAUCUGUCAGGAGUCAGAGUUGACUUGGACACAGAUGAUUUUAUAAGCAAGUCACAAAUCAGGAUAUCGAACUGUGAUGUACAUUCAAAUACAGCAUAUGGUGUUUACAUCCAGCAAUAUGUGAACAUUUCUCUGACAUCGUGCCGCUUUUCUGGGAAUUCCUAUCAAACGAUCUUUUCCGAAAGUGACGCUAUGAUAAACAUUGAAGAUUCCAUUUUCUCAAACGGCAGCAAUAGUGCAUUUUACAUGUAUUACAGAAGGAGUACAAAAAGGCAUUUACAAAUUUCUGUUAAAGAUUCACAGUUUUAUGACAGCGAUUUAAAAAUUAACUAUCGCUGGAGAGAUGGAAGACAUUUGUUUCAUAUACCGUCAUCAGGUUUUCGUCAAGGCUUGUAUAUUGCACUCAUUAACAAUACAUUCCAUAGGAUAAAUGCGAAUAUGGUGUAUUGUUACAGUAGGUACGAAUCCACUUCCAUGUAUAUUAAGGACAACACAUUCAAAAAUAUUACCGGUGGUAUUGUUUGGUUACAACAACUAAAUUACAAGAAAUUUCAGUUUCAGUUUGUAAAUAACGUUGUAGAGAAUGCAUCAAUGCCAUCUUCUGAACCACUAAUGAAAAUCCUUGAUCAGCAAAAUGCAGGAGGUAAUCUCAACAUUGUCAAUAAUACAUUUUUUGCGAAUAAAGCAUCACAGAUAAUACUCAUCGGGGAUAUUAAAGAACCUGAAAGAAACAUGAGCAUAACAGGGAACAUAUUCAAGGAUAACAUAUGCUCUGAGACUGUAAAUACUGCUUCAAAUCAGCUCACACUGAGGAACAAUAUUUUUAGUAACCCAUCUUCCAAGUGCGAGCUAGUAGCACCAGCAUUUGCAAGAUGGUAUGACAUUGAUGCUCGAUGGAACUUCUGGGGAAAGCAAGACAUGGAUUAUGUCACGCAUAGGAUAUGUGGAUUUGACAUUGACAUGGCGAAGUUGUUUGUGCAUUAUCUGCCGUACUACCUGUCUGAAGAUUUAACUGAUGCUUCAAGGUCACCUCAGACAACCUUCACAGGUGGUGAGAUCACUGGUCAGGUACAUCUUCUAACAUCUGAAUCACCGUACAGCAUAAAGAGAUCAAUAUUUGUUAGGUCGGAGGGCAUAUUACGCAUUGACAGUGGUGUGGAACUACAGUUCGAAAAGAAUACUGGAAUCUAUGUUAAUGGCGUGCUUGUGGCUGGAGAAGGUGGAACUGGAGAGAGAGUCCUACUGACCGGAUCUACAACGAUGCUAUGGUUUGGGGUUGUGCUUCCGUACAAGACAGAGGGGGUAUCUAAGAGCGUCAGACUGACCAACGGAACAAAGCCGAAUGAAGGACUACUUGAAAUUUUCGUGAGUGGGGCGUGGUCAACCAUGUGUGGCAUUGACAGGGCGGAGGCGCUUCUUGUCUGCAAGGAAUUGGGUUACGGAUCAGAAGAAUAUGAGACGUACCUGCAUGGUGGGGGAAAUGGACCAGUUCUCCAGGAUCUCAACUGUGAAGAAUGGGCCUCAUCUCUAUCUGACUGCCAGCCCAGAUUCUCUUCCAGUAGAUACUGUGACAACCAUGGAGGAUCAGGACUCCGAUGCCAUAAGUUUGUAGCUCACACAGGGACACAUACAUUCUCCUACCUGGAAAGAGUGUCCAUCCAGGAUUCGAUAACUGGUCUUGUGGUGGAGACUCCCACAGUACGCUUGUCCAACUGCCAUAUCAACAACACAGAGAAAGUAGGCCUCACUGUCCAGACUGACACCAUUGACCUUGACCUGAACGGAACAGUUGUAGAACAUGGGCAGUCAACAGGUAUAUUGGCUAAAGUAACUAAAGCUUUCCGUCUCAGGAAUGGCACAACACAACACAAUCACGGAAGUGGAAUUGUCUUAUUUGGGACAUCGGCUCCUACAACGGUUGAAACAAUGAACAUCGUUAAUAACAGUCUUCAUGGUUUGGAAACACAGGUGACUAAACAUAUCAACAAAGGAGUGUUACACAUAAAGAGCAACAGAUUUGUGGAUCAUGGCUUGGGAGGCUCGGGCCUUCAACUGCAUUACACAUCAGUGUCGAAUACCAAGGUGUACGUGGAACAGAAUUCAUUUAGUAAUAAUGUUAAGUCCAUGGAUGCCAGAGUGGGGAGUACGUAUUAUCGUUACAGUGAAAACAGUUGCGUCAUCAAGGGGAACAUAUUCAAAUCAACUGGUCAAGUAUCAGCGUAUUCAGGAAACCUAGCAUCUCUUUACAUUGAAGACAACUCUUUCAAGAGUUCAUUUGGUGGGGACAAAUGUUUCCUGAAUGUGGAGGUGGAUGAUACAAGAGGUGGUGACAAAGUUCAAAAUAUCAGUCUGUCAACCAAUAGUUUCCAAAAUAUCACAGGUCGAUGUGUUGUUUAUGUAAAAUCAACAAAAUUUGAAUUUAAUGGGACGCUCACUUAUAACCAGAUAUUCAGUUCCCCCACCGAUGAAGGGACAGUCUUGUUAGACUCGAAAAACGUUAGUCUCUAUUAUAACACGUUUGAUAACCCGAGAGCUGAUUACGAACUAAAGAUCCUGUUAACUGGAGAGGAGCAGAUUAAUGCUGAACACAACUGGUGGGGAAGUGCUGAUCCAGCCAUUGCCGGACAACGGAUUCUACACAAGGAUCUUGACCAGAGGCUCCUCAAGGUGGACUACCUUCCACUUCUCACUGAUCAGAAUUUCGACUGUUCAGAGGUGCAGAACUGCAGUGAUAAGGGUGAAUGUGUUCGGCCAAAUGGGUGCAGAUGUGACGAAGGUUGGGCUGGAGUGGAUUGUUCUGACUUCGACUGUUCUGGUGUUAGCAGUUGUAAUGGAAAUGGUUUGUGUAAGGGGCCAAACCAAUGCGAUUGUUCUCUGGGAUGGGAGGGGCCAUCCUGUGUCAUUGCCACAUGCCAUGAAGUAAAUGACUGUGGUGGAAAUGAAAGAGGAUAUUGUGUGUUGCCUGAGAGUUGUACAUGUUUUCCCCAGUAUAGCGGAACUGACUGCUCCAAGUGUGCACCCUUACGAUGGGGAGACCGUUGCCUUCCUUGUCCUCAGUGCAACCAUGGAUACUGCAACCUCACAAAUGGCAACUGUGAUUGCGUUGCUGACAACUGGUCAGGCGAUUUGUGCGACACGUGCAGUGAGACGUUUUAUGGCCCCAACUGUCUUCCAUACACAAAUGUCCUGAACAUCAUCCCAAGCUCUGGCCCUGACACUGGAGGAACAGACGUGCACAUCUGGGGACACAACUUCCCAGAGACAGACAACAAUAUCUUCUACUGUAGAUUCGACUCCACAGUGGUCAAUGGCACGCGCAUGUCGAAGGAACACGUCAUGUGUAGGAAUGCUCAGCAUCAAGCAGGCAGUAUAACUGUGGAGAUUUCUCCUGAUGGGCUACAGUUUACUCGAAAUCAGACAUCAUUUACGUACUAUGAAGUUUGUCCACCCGGAGCCUGUGGGAAGACGGAAAGCCCUCCUCAUGGCCACUGCCUCUAUGGAGGAUGCAUAUGUAUCCUGCCCUGGUCAGGUCAGGACUGCAGCGUCGAGCUGAAGGCACCAGUUAUCUCCUUCUUUGAAAAGAUGCAGGUUGCUGCUGAAGGAAAUAAAUAUCAACUUCAAUUAACACUCAUUCAGGGCAAUGCUCCAAUUGAUUGGUACAUAUAUGGAGCCCCUUCUGGAAUGACAAUUGACCAAAAGACCGGGCUCAUCUUCUGGGAGAGGACAGUAGCCAGUGUCCAGACGUAUAUCAUCAACGUCAGAGCAUCCAACCGUAUAGGACGUUCUGAGGUCCAGUGGUCACUGAAAGUCCAGCUGUCAUAUAACAUCACAAUAGAGGAUGUGACACCCAGCGGGGUUCUUCAUGUUCCGAAAACCAUCCAAAUCAGAGGAAUGGUCACUUAUUUUAGUGGAACCUCUCAAUCUUUGAUUGCUUUUGUGGAUGUUAAGGUACGAAAUAAAGGCAGAAUCACAACGAUGUCCAUUGUGACAUCCCCGAGGAACAGGGAACGUUUUGAAGCAGUGUACUUCCCUAAAGCUGGUGACAGUGGACUGUUUGAAGUGGAUGGCCGCCAUCCAUCCGAUAAUGGGUUCACUCCUCAGAAAUCCUGGAGUGUGUUGGGGAUGAUGUGUGUGCCAGGAUAUGUGAAUAGACAAGCCUACUUGGACACGGACGUGGUGGAGAUGCGGGGUGUUUCUGUACUCAAGAAUGAUGGCGUCAAUAGGAUCAGUAAUAUCACAGCCAGAGUAGAAGGCAUUGGUGGUCCAUUAUCAUCUGUAGUUGUGAGAGCUGGAAACAGACUUUCAAGCGAUGGUUCUCAACCACUUAUAGUAUUCUUGGAUACAGAUUCUGAAGUGUCCAUAGAUGUGAUCCUCACAGUAUCUCAUCCCCUCCGUGGUGUUAUUGCUGUUGUGUUCAGUACACCCGAUGGCACCACAGCCAGAGUUAGGAUAGGAUUGCAGCUGAAUGUCCGAAAACCUGCUCUGGUCCUCUCGCCAUCAUCUCUGUCAGAUAGUGUUCCCAGAGGAACACAGAAGACGUUCCAGAUUAAUAUCAAGAACGAAGGCGAGGUCAGCGCUAAAUCACUCAGAGUAACACUACCUUCAGAACCAAGACUUACGAUGUCUGCAUACUCUACAACAACUACAACAGCUUCAGAAGAUGGCCUUGACCUACACCCAAAUGAGACGGCCAUCUUGGUCCUGACAGUCACGACUGGCGCAACUGACAGUCUAGGCCAGUUUAGUGGCAGCGUAGCCCUGAACUCGGAUCUGUCUUCUGCUAGUAUCUCUUACAGGUUCUAUGUGACAUCCCAGGAGAAAUUAAACAUCACAGUUCGGGUAGAAGAUGAAUACACAUAUUUCGCCUCUGACAAGCCAUUGGUGUCUGGUGCUGUUGUGACUCUUCAAAAUCCUAGAAGAAGAUACACGGAACGGAAAAUAACCAAUAAUCAAACAGAGUUUGUGGUGUUUGAGGAUGUGCAUGAAGAUCGAUACACGCUGACUGCCACCGCUCCUGGACAUGGGUCCUACUCGGCUGUGAUCAUUGCCAAACCCUCAGACCCCUCCAUCACCGUCUUCCUGCAGAGAGUUGCUGUAAAGUACACGUGGACUGUCACCCCCACAACCUUUCAGGACAAAUACAUAGUCACUCUGGAUUCUACCUUUGAAACACAGGUACCUAUGCCUGUUGUCACCGUGGAACCAGCCAGCCUGAAUCUGAUUCCUUAUGAGGAAGGGAAGAAGGACGUGAUCAAUUUCAACAUCACCAAUCACGGCCUGAUCAGGGCAGACAAUGUCAGGUUUGCUCUGCCAAGUCAUCCGACAUUGAUCUUUACACAGACAAUAGAUCCGAUAGGAGAUGUAGCGGCAAACACAAGCAUCAUUGUUCCAGUCUUGGUUAAACUGAAGCCUCGAGUGAAGAGGAACCUAGGCACAUCGGCAUGUGGUUUGAAAAUGCUUUACGAUUACUUUUGUGGUGGUACAAGAACUGGAGGCCAGGACAUCACUCUGACAAGGGUGUAUCCAGGACGCCCUCCCUUGCCCUGUGGAGGUGGAGGUAGUCGAAGAAGGGGAGGAGGAGGAGGAGGAGGAGGAGGUUAUGUUGGAAUAUCAGGUACUGGUGGUGGUGGGUCAUCUCCAUCUAGUUCAGUUGUUGUCUACAAUCCCGUGACUCCACUCACCUGUAACUGUGCUGGGACGCUCAUCAAGACGUGUGCUUUGGGUUUUCAUCCAAUUGCUGGAUGCGCCGUAGCAGUGACAGGUUUUGCUGGUGCCAGUGGCUUCUGGGGAUUUGCUAAAGCAAUCUUUGACUUUGCUACUGCAUGCGUCCUCCCUGUCGUGUGUCCUCAGUGUGCUCUAGGUCUUACUUUGUGGCAAGCUGUUGUGUGCAUAUAUGAAAUGAACAGAGACUGUAGCUCAAACCGACGUCGACGUGCUACAAAUGGGGAGAUCAUCCAAGGAGUGGUGAACAGUAACGUUGCCCUCAGGAACUACAUGAUAAUGUUGGAGGAAGUCUUUGGAGGACAAGAAAUGUUCGGUGUGUAUGAUAACAGUUGGAUGUCUUCCUUCAACCUAGCCCUGGCUGAUGAUAGUGCAGGGGGAAGCUCUCUCUCCUCUAGUGAGAUAGCAUCCAUUGUUGCUUCAAUGAACUCCACGCAGGGGGUGAUCGUAGAGAAGUUCCUGCUCAGGUGGAACAAAACAAUGACAGCUUGGGAGGACGGAACACUCACUUCCCUUGGCCCUAAAGACAAUGUCAUUGCAUAUAAUGUCAUCAUGUCGAGAUUUCCGCAAUUUAAGACAGACACGGAAAAUGCCAAACAAAGAGGAUUUGACUCCAUAUUUGAUGACUUUGGAAAUGCAGUCAAUGCCUAUCAAGAAAAAGAAAAGAAGGGUGGGAGUGAUGAUGGAGUGUGUGCCAAGGUUCGAGUACGUAUUGUGCAAGAACUGGUCCUCACCCGAGAUGCCUUCACUGCUCGUUUAGAGAUAGAAAAUGGAGAACAAUCAGCCCUGGAUAGCAUUCGGGUCACCGUAAACAUAAGGGCAACAUAUGGCGCUGGAACAUCAGCUAAUGACAAAUUUUCAGUUGGAACCCCAACUUUGGUGGGUCUUACUGGAGUUGAUGGUACAGGCAGGCUGGAGACAGACGUGUCAGGUACAGCAGAAUGGCUGAUCAUCCCCUACUCAACAGCAGCAGUCAAAGAAGACACCCUCUAUGAUGUCGGCGGGACUCUUUCCUACACAGUUGAUGGCUCCAACUUCUCCAUCCCUCUCCUGCCAGACACUAUCACAGUUAAACCAAAUCCCAGCCUCACCGUCAACUACUUCCAGGAGAAAUACGUCCAGGGUGAUGACCCGAUGACUUCAAACGUGACGGAGCCAGUUGUUCCCUUCACACUGGCAGUCAUGGUCACCAAUGAAGCCUACGGUGUAGCCCGCCAGCUGAAGAUAACCUCCGCACAGCCAGAGAUCAUUGAAAAUGAAAAGGGAUUGUUAGUCUCUUUCAAGAUAAUUGGAGCGCAGUUGGAUGGAAAUCCUGUCAGUCCUUCUCUGUCUAUAGACUUUGGAGAUAUUGAGUCCUUCGAGACCAAGACUGCUCGCUGGUUUCUAACAUCAAGUCUAAGGGGGAAAUUUUACAACUACACAGCUACGUUUGAGAACAUUAACCCCCUUGGUGAUCCUCAGUUAUCCAUAAUGGAAGACCUUGGAUAUCACGAGUUGGUCCAUCUGGUGAGACUCGAGUCUACAAAUGACACAAAAGAUGACUUUCUGGUUAAUGAUAUCAUAGAUGAGGAUGAAAUGCCUGAUGCAGUUUUUGACAGUUCAAAUGGACUUGAUUCGAUUCCAGUGAGUUCAUCUAAUGUUACGGCCUUCAGUUUACGAAGAACCGAGACUGUUGGAACUAGGACGUAUACUUACGUAGGCCUGACUGUUAUGAUGUCAAAGAGUCCCUCCACAAUCUAUGCCUACACUCGCCUGGUGAACAACGUGACAAGGGACAGUUUGACUGAAACACUCCUGCAGGUUACCAGAGAUGAUGGGAAGGAUGUCAUGGUAGGACCUAAUGCCUGGCAGACAUCCCACUACCAUGAUAAGUUUUACUUACAUAUAUUUGACCACUACAAGAACAUUACUGAAUCAACCAAUAUCUCUUAUUCACUGGUUUUUUGGGCCAAAAAAUAUGUACAAGCCGAUAUUUAAUGAGGGUAUUUACGAGAUAUUCGUUACAUUUGGUCAGCUACCCGGCCCCAUUCUUGGAGUUAAAGCAACGGAUAAAGAUGUCAACACGCAAGUGCGCUACAGUCUUGAUAGAUCAUCUGUGUUUGCUAUAGAUGAACUGUCUGGAGAAGUCCGAAGCAUUGAACCCCUCACAAAUAUGCUGUAUGAAUUGACUGUGACAGUAACUGAUGAUGGCAUCCCCCUCCUUGAGUAGUUCAGCAAAGGUUGUGGUGAGGGUUGGAGACUUCAGCAGGUCGUCGUCCACCUCAACACCAACGACAGUUUCAACCUCUACUGACGAAUCUUCAGUAACAGGAAUUUCAGUCGGUAGAUCCACUUCCCAGGUUUCAGGAGGGACAUCUGCUGUGACUGUACCGGUUAACGUUUCAACCACCACGUCACCUACCACGUCAAUCGCCACGUCAAUCACCACGUCACCCACCAGCAUUACAGCUUCGUCCACGAACAACACAAAUGCUGUAGAUACAUCCUCUCCAACUAUGGACACGGUUUCAUCAUCCUCGUUCAGCAACAUAUCAACAGGCUCUGGUUUUAACAGCUCAGUUACUUCAGGCUCGAGUUCUGUUCCCACUCCCACUGGUACUACCGUGUCAACAUCCGGGGCAACAAACAACCUGUCCCGAGUUUGGACUUUGGUUGUAGCGGGAAUACUGAUGUAUACAACAUACAUAUCAUUGUGAAUAUUCGAUUUGCCCCUUUUGUAUUUCAUAUUCGGGGGGAGCAUGUGAACAUCCAUAUUAAAUCUGAGCAUCUUUUUUAUGUUUCUUCUAAAGACACUAGAUUUGUAUGAUGAACCUGUAAGACAAAGAUUGCUGCCCUAGCAUACUUGUGUUCAUAGAAUGUCGACACUACUAUUGUCUUAGGAUCAGGUUCCCUUGUAGUUGUAGCUGCAAAUGUUUCUUUGUAUACAAAGACUGUAUAAUAGUCACAUAAUGACAUGCACCACGAUCAAUAAUAAUCAGAUUAUAUAGAGAAUUAUAAAACAUCUCAAGAAACAGGCAUUUGAUAUAUAGAAGAGUUAUAUCACAUGGACUUUUAUUAUCCUGCUUUACUUUUUAUAUUGCAAGAUGUGCAUAACAAUUUCGAGCUUCUCAUAUUCAUAAUUAACCACAGCUGAGCGACGACUGUAGGUAAAUUAUCCUUAAAACAGCAGUACGUCAUCCUUCACUAAAUAACAGUUUGACUGACAGUUUGGACAGUUUGUGUUAUUACUCUCAUAUACAUUUUACAAGCCUUUACUGGACACGUUUACUACCCUGUACGGUGAAGUUCACUAAGCUUGAGACUAAGCUUUUUAUACGUAUAUAUAUAUUUUUAUAUUUUAGUAAGAAUGAUAAUGUAUAUAUUUAACAGGGUUCUACGUGAACUCAUUGUUGGUUUUGUCAGAACUAUAUCGCGGUCGGGGUACAUCAUGUUACAUUGUAUGAAUUCUUACUGUAAUAUUAUCGUUUUUAUGUAUUUUCUCAAAAUGCACAGAAGACAUAAUUUCAUUGUAUAAUAAUUAAUAUUAAAUGAAAACAAGCAUUGCUUUGACUCAUGAUGUAUAUGUGAAUAAAUGGCUUUUUUUAGGAAACUCAA